GCUACUUCCGCGAGCGAGGUGGCGCUGCCGCUCGCCCAAGGUCCCUUUCGUGAGGAGUUUGUAUAUUUUUCUCACAAAUCUCGUUGAGAUAUCGCAGUUUUUUUUUUUCGUCACGCACAUAUGCAGGUGAGAAAUGACGUUGACAGAACCGAUGCUCGUCGACGCGUCAUUCGUUGAAAAACAGCUGAUGUGAGCCGAUGUCCGGGGACUUAUCUAGCAUCAUCUCGCGGCAUCGUGGGACGAGACGGUCCGAGGGGAGGAAACUGGAGGCGGAGGCCCUUAUUUACGUUUUCCCAGAGCGAGAAUCCCGCGCGAGGCGUCCUUAGAAGAGGAGGAGGAGGAUCAUUCGGCACGAUUUCCAGCAAUUCGUUCCCCAUGUCGGAUGGAAACAUGGACCGGGAGAAAAACGAGAGGUUAACCGCGAGGAAGAUUGAGGAGGAGGAGAUGAAACGCAAGCUCACGGAUAUUGGGAUAUACGAGCCAGAAUUCACGUACAAAGAAAUGAAACGACUGCUUGGAUUUAUCAACGAGUCUCAAGAUACAUCAAAGGUCGCCUCCAAUAACAAUGAUACGCACAGGGGACAACAUAAUAAUCAACAUCUUUCGGAAACCGACACGACUGCAUCGCAAGAGGCAAUUUCACAAGAGUCUACAGAGCUGCCUAGACCAUCGUACUCUUACAAAUUGAAUCGCACAUCACCAACGGUGCACGAGCAUAAGACUCACUACAACAAUCAGGAUUCCCCGCCUCUCUUCGAGGUACGAAACCCCAUGUACAGACGCAAGAGUUCAGAUAGCGACGACAUAAUCGAAAAGCAGUUGGAGAGCACCAAUUCUACCCACAGUACAAAUCGUUUACUCUCGUUGAGAUCGUCGAAUAAUCCACGAGAGGGCCAGAACGUGGCGGAUAGGAAAACGGCGCAGGAUACCCAGGGUGACUUAGUUCAAAGGUUGGAAAGAUGGCGACUGAACCCGCUCGACCUCUGCAUCAACGAAAACGACGUGCCUUUGCGACAACCAAACCGGUCCUGGAUUCGAGAACGUGUGCUGUUCAGAUAUUGCAAAGAAACGCACACGCCCGAGCAGCGCGACCAAGCAAUACGAUUAGUGAGCCAGCAUUUGAAGGAGGUAGCAGACUUGUGGUACAGUUGGCACCCGGCUGCUAAUUCGAUAUUUCAAUGGGGGUCACCCAUUCAGGUCGGCACUGCUAACGGUAGCUUGGAUAAAAAUCCAUUAACCGAAUCUAAGACUGAACAGAACAAAACAGAAACGUACAGGGAUAGUCACGAGCGUGCUAGUAAACGUAAAGCGAGCUCUCGCAUCGCUAAUCUGACUAGAGACAGUUCCACCGAGGACGAAGAGGACAAGUGGUACAAUUGUUCUCAUGAUAAGAAGAGGAGAACACGACCCGACAGUAAAUCGAGCAACGAGAAUCAACGCGCGUCCAAUGAUUGUCAUGAAAGAGCAACGUCGAGCGUGAUCAUGCGUCAAGGAAACUCCAUCAACGAUAACAAUAGCGAUGCAGACCCCGAUAACGAGCACGUUAGAUGUGUACGGGCCAAGAAAACCGAGGAGGAAAAUGAAAGCGACUCGACAGACUUGAAUAUAUAUCCGAGAAGGAUAGUACCACCGAAUCCUAGUAAGCCACGUCCAAGACCAAGAAAGGCCAUUGGUACGUCGAAACCAUCUGCAAAAACGCGGGGUGGGAAUAAAGCUGUCGAACAGGCCAAAAAGCAAAAGAAUAUAUUGACAGACAACGAAAUCGAGCAAUUGAUAGAAGAGUGGGAUGUCGACGAGGAGAAGGUUGCGGUGAAGAAGAACGUGGAGAUGCGACCAUUGCCAAUACCGAAAGAGGUACGCUCUAGAUUACACGAGAAGCGACUUUCGCUUCGUAAUACGAAAGUGAUUAAAGAAACGAGGGCGUCGAAAGAAGAGGAGAACGAUGGGCAGAAGAAGGAAAAGAGGCCAAAACUUUGCGAACGAGAGGAAGGAGAAUCAUGUAGGAUUAGAAACGGAACUCAGAGCUGGGAACGUCAACUAAUGUCCGAUGAUGAGGACAAUUUAUUCGAAACAAAUCCAGAUGUGCAGAAUGGCAAUCAAUCUGAUAAUGAAAUUACUUUGACAAAUAAUGUAAAUUGUCCUAUAUGCAAUAAGUUGUUUCCGGAUAGCGAGAUAGAGAAUCAUGCCGCUGAUUGCGAACAAUUCGAGAUGAAUAACGAAGAGAAUAGUAAUGACGCGAUUAAAUUGGAAUGUAAUAUAUGCAGCAAUUACAAAACUAGCAACGGGGUGGAAUACGAGGAACAUGUUCAGCAAUGUAUCAUUAGGCAGGAUAAAAGGCAUUCAGGUGGAUCUGAAGAUAUCGAUACUACACCUUCUUCAUCCUUUCAUACAUAUAAGCAAGUAAUUGAUGAACAAAAAGAUCCCGAGAUAGCUUAUUUGGGUCAGUUUUUCUCUGAUAAGACAAAAAUAAAUAAGAAUAAAAAAAGGAAAUUAUAUACCAAAAAAUAGUAAGAAAUAAAAUAG